AUGUGCACUCAUGUGACUUGUCCAGCUGAGAAAAGACCCGCUCCUGGGCUGAUGGGAUGGAAGGAAGGUGAUAAAGAAGACAGUGUCUCCCCUUACGGUCCACGCCCAAGCCUCUUCAAGCCUCUGCGGCUCUUUGCCCGUCCCUCUUCAUCUGUCGGUCACAGUCGUGAAGCCCUGCCACACCUUGAUGGGCAGGACUUAUGGGCCUGGUUAGCAAACCACACUGACACUGAAGAAACGUUCAGCAGGGCUAAACGCAGACCCAUCGUCAAGACGGGCAAGUUCAAGAAGAUGUUUGGCUGGGGUGACUUCCACUCCAACAUCAAAACGGUUAGGCUGAACCUGAUGAUCACGGGAAAGAUUGUUGACCAUGGCAACGGAACCUUCAGCGUGUACUUCCGGCACAACUCCACCGGCCCUGGCAACGUGUCCGUCAGUCUGGUCCCGCCCUCUAAGGCAGUGGAUUUUGAGAUAGUCCAGCAGACGACACAGGAGACCACUGACUCCAAGUCCUUCAACUGCCGCGUUGAGUACGAGAAGACGGAUCGUAGCAAGCGAACGUCGGUGUGCAGCCACGAACAAAACAGGGUGUGCUUCCAGGAGCAGACGCAGAGUCACGUGUCCUGGUUAUGCUCCAAACCCUUUAAGGUCAUCUGCAUCUACAUUGCCUUCUACAGUGCGGACUACAAACUGGUGCAGAAAGUCUGUCCGGACUACAACUACCAUAGUGACACUCCAUACACCUCUAUGGGAUAG